AUGGUGAGGUUUUCCACUUCACUUCUUCUAUGGGCAAGUUUAUUGUUGAUCCUUGGUUACAAUGUGCUUGUUAUGGCACAAUGGCCUAGUGGAGGACAAACCAGGUUCUAUGAUUUCAAGGUACAAAGCACAAGAGUUGCUAAACUUUGCACCAGCAAAGAUAUGGUGACUAUCAAUGGAAUGUUCCCGGGGCCGGUUGUUUAUGCUCAAGAAGAUGAUAGAGUCAUUGUCAAAGUAACCAAUGAGACACCUUACAAUACCACUAUUCACUGGCAUGGUGUGAGGCAAAAGUUAUCAUGCUGGUUUGAUGGACCUUCAUACAUCACGCAAUGUCCGAUUCAAGCUGGCCAGAGUUUUACAUAUGAGUUUACAAUGGUGAAGCAGAAAGGCACUUUCUUCUGGCAUGCUCAUGUUUCAUGGCUAAGGGCAACUGUCUACGGUGCCCUCAUAGUUUAUCCCAAAACCGGGGUUCCUUACCCAUUCAAAGUGCCUUAUGAAGAACACAUCAUAAUACUAGGGGAGUACUGGCUUCAAGAUGUUGUACAACUUGAGCAUGACACUGCAGCAAGCGGAGGACCUCCUACACCUGCAAGUGCCUUUACAAUCAAUGGCCACCCAGGCCCCAAUUACAACUGCUCUAACAAUGAUGUAUAUCAAAUUGAUGUGGUAUCUGGGAAGACAUACAUGCUAAGGCUAGUACAUGCAGGCUUAAAUGUAGAGAGCUUCUUUGCCAUUGCCAAUCACAAUCUGACUAUAGUUGAAGCUGAUGCAGAGUACACAAAGCCGUUCACCACAGACCGAGUGAUGCUCGGACCAGGCCAGACUAUGGUAGUUUUGGUCACUGCCGAUCAGCCCCAGGGAAAAUACUCCAUGGCCAUGGGACCUUACAUGUCAGCUAAGGGUGUCAAGUUCCAAAACAUUUCAUCCGUUGCUUACUUUCAAUACUUGGGGGCUGUACCUAAUAGCUUCUCUUUACCUGCUAAGCUACCUAGCUUUAAUGAUAAUCUCGCCGUUAAGACGGUAAUGGAUGGAUUAAGGAGCUUAACUGCACCUGUUAACGUCCCCAGAAAGAUUGACAGUGAGCUUUUUGUCACCAUUGGGUUAAAUGUUCAGAAGUGUCACUCCAAGACACCCAAGAAAGAUUGCCAAGGCCUUAACAAUGGCGUUAUGGCAGCAUCAAUGAACAAUAUAAGUUUUGUGAAGCCUAAAGUUUCAGUCCUGGAAGCUUAUUAUAAGAGGAUAAAUGGGUAUUUCACUGAGGACUUCCCUAAGGUACCCCAGAAGUUUUAUGACUUUGUUAAUGGAGCACCUAAUAGUAUUCCUAAUAAUACAGAGGCAAUAUCCAAUGGGACUAGGACCUUGGUCCUUGAAUAUGGUACUAGAGUGCAACUCAUUUUGCAGGACACCGGGACUGUCACUACUGAGAACCAUCCAAUUCAUCUUCAUGGCUAUAGCUUCUAUGUAGUUGGCUAUGGUACUGGGAACUACAGUCCCCAAAAUGCAAGCUUCAACUUGGUCGAUCCACCCUAUAUGAACACGAUUGGAGUUCCAGUUGGUGGAUGGGCUGCUAUUCGUUUCAUCGCUGACAAUCCUGGGGUUUGGUUUAUGCAUUGUCAUUUGGACAUACACCAGUCAUGGGGAUUAGGAACAGUGCUUGUUGUAAAGAAUGGAAAAGGAAAGCUUGAAUCACUUCCUCACCCUCCUGCAGACCUGCCUCAAUGCUAG